AACGCGCGUUAGUGUGGUUGGUUGAAAGGUGCUGAAAAGCCGGGUCGGUUUGGUGAGUGUCGGCGUGCCGGUACGGCUCAGUUUAAGGAUUAAUUACAUUCGCUUCACCGAGUACUUUCGAUUACUUCCCGUCCAGAAACGCACCGAAAUCACCAACGGAGCAUUUGCUCGUCUGGGGUUGGCCACGGGGCAAACGGCACAGCACUAACACUCAACUCUUUUCCGACUGCUGGGAGAACAAAAAGCACCCUAAGGAAGGAAGAGCCACAAACGAUGUCUGAGUCGGAGAACAACAAAAACGUGGAACAGGAGCAGCAGAUGGAGGCAGACGUCCUGGAAGGAGAGGAGGAAGACGGAUCUGAAAAUGGUGAUUUUGUUGAAGAUGCAGCUGCUCCACAGCCUAUAGAGAUCCCUGAAUUGGCACCAGGCUAUGAAGAAAAAAUGAAAGCUGAUCGAAGCAACCGGUUUGACUACCUUCUGAAACAGACUGAAGUCUUUGCCCAUUUCAUUCAACCUGCUGCUCAGAAGACGCCAACUUCCCCCCUUAAAAUGAAACCUGGCCGCCCCCGUAUUAAGAAAGAUGAAAAACAGAAUCUUCUGUCUGCUGGAGAUAAUCGACACAGACGUACAGAGCAAGAAGAGGACGAGGAGUUGCUCUCUGAGAACAGUAGAGUUACCAAUGUUUGCACCCGUUUUGAUGAGUCCCCCUCAUAUGUGAAGUCUGGAAAACUAAGGGAUUACCAGAUCCGUGGGUUAAACUGGCUGAUUUCACUGUAUGAGAAUGGAAUUAAUGGCAUUCUUGCCGAUGAAAUGGGUUUGGGGAAAACUUUGCAGACCAUUUCUUUGCUUGGCUACAUGAAGCACUACAGGAACAUUCCUGGCCCCCAUAUGGUUUUGGUCCCAAAGUCCACAUUAUGCAACUGGAUGAACGAAUUCAAACGUUGGGUUCCAUCUCUGCGGGCUGUUUGUCUUACUGGUGACAAAGAUCAAAGAGCAGCUUUCAUUCGAGAUGUUUUACUGCCAGGUGAAUGGGAUACUUGUGUCACCUCUUAUGAAAUGCUAAUCAAAGAAAAAUCAGUGUUCAAGAAGUUUAACUGGCGAUACCUUGUAAUUGAUGAGGCACACAGAAUCAAAAACGAAAAGUCAAAGCUUUCAGAAAUCGUAAGAGAAUUCAAGACAACCAACAGAUUGCUGCUAACUGGUACUCCUCUACAGAAUAAUUUGCAUGAGCUAUGGGCUCUCCUAAACUUCCUGUUACCAGAUGUGUUCAAUUCAUCAGAGGAUUUUGAUUCUUGGUUUGAUACCAACAACUGCCUUGGUGACCAGAAACUUGUUGAGCGACUACAUAUUGUUUUGAGACCUUUUCUCUUGAGGAGAAUCAAAGCUGAUGUGGAGAAGAGUUUACUUCCCAAGAAAGAAGUAAAGAUAUAUGUUGGCCUUAGCAAAAUGCAACGAGAAUGGUAUACCAAGAUUUUAAUGAAGGAUAUUGAUAUUUUAAAUUCUGCUGGGAAAAUGGAAAAAAUCAGAUUAUUGAAUAUAUUGAUGCAGCUGCGAAAGUGUUGUAAUCACUCCUAUCUGUUUGACGGUGCUGAGCCGGGGCCUCCUUACACCACUGACACUCAUCUUGUAGUGAACAGCGGGAAGAUGGUGGUUUUGGACAAGCUGUUGCCCAAGCUGAAGGAACAAGGUUCCAGGGUGCUCAUCUUUAGCCAGAUGACCAGGAUGUUGGAUAUCCUGGAGGAUUAUUGCAUGUGGAGAAACUAUGGGUAUUGCAGACUUGAUGGACAGACCCCUCAUGAGGAGAGACAGAAUUCAAUCAAUGUGUUUAAUGCUCCAAAUAGUCCUAAAUUUCUCUUCAUGUUGAGCACGAGGGCAGGUGGUCUUGGUAUUAACCUUGCCACAGCAGAUGUUGUCAUUAUCUACGAUUCUGACUGGAAUCCCCAAGUUGAUCUGCAAGCUAUGGACCGAGCCCACAGAAUUGGGCAAAAAAAGCAAGUACGAGUCUUCAGAUUUAUUACAGACAAUACUGUGGAAGAGAGAAUAGUCGAAAGAGCAGAAAUGAAACUCCGACUGGAUUCCAUUGUGAUUCAGCAAGGAAGAUUAGUUGACCAAAAUUUGAACAAACUUGGGAAAGAUGAAAUGCUGUCCAUCAUUCGUCAUGGUGCUACACAUGUGUUUGCAUCGAAGGAAAGUGAGAUUACGGAUGAAGACAUUGAUGCCAUACUUGAAAGAGGAGAAAAGAAGACUGCAGAAUUAAAAGAAAAACUGGCUAAGAUGGGUGAAAGCAAUCUAAGAAAUUUUACAAUGGAUACCGAAAACAGUGUGUAUAACUUUGAAGGUGAAGACUACAGAGAGAAAAAGAAGAUGGCACUUACAGAGUGGAUUGAACCACCAAAGCGAGAGAGGAAAGCAAACUAUGCAGUUGAUGCUUAUUUCAGGGAGGCAUUACGUGUCAGUGAACCCAAAGUACCUAAGGCCCCACGACCCCCAAAGCAACCAAAUGUUCAAGAUUUCCAGUUCUUCCCUCCACGACUAUUUGAGCUGCUGGAAAAAGAAAUUCUUUAUUACAGAAAAACCAUUGGCUACAAGGUACCACGAAAUCCUGACCUACCAAAUGCUGCUCAGGUACAAAAAGAGGAACAGAGUAAGAUAGAUGAAGCAGAGCCUUUAACAGAAGAGGAGCUGGAAGAGAAGGAGAAACUCUUGACGCAGGGUUUUACUAUUUGGAACAAAAGAGAUUUCAACCAAUUCAUCAAAGCCAAUGAAAAAUGGGGCAGAGAUGAUAUUGAGAAUAUUGCACGAGAGGUGGAAGGCAAAACUCCAGAGGAAGUUAUGGAGUACUCUGCGGUUUUCUGGGAAAGAUGUAAUGAACUCCAGGAUAUUGAGAAGAUAAUGGCACAGAUUGAAAGAGGGGAAGCUCGAAUCCAAAGGCGAAUCAGCAUUAAAAAGGCACUUGACACAAAGAUUGGCCGAUACAAGGCCCCAUUCCACCAACUGAGAAUAUCCUAUGGCACUAACAAAGGAAAAAAUUACACAGAGGAAGAGGACAGAUUCUUAAUAUGCAUGCUUCACAAGCUGGGCUUUGAUAAAGAGAGUGUUUAUGAUGAGUUGAGGCAGUGCAUUCGUAAUUCGCCACAAUUCAGAUUUGACUGGUUCCUCAAGUCCAGGACAGCAAUGGAACUGCAGAGACGCUGCAACACCUUAAUCACCCUUAUUGAGCGGGAGAACAUGGAGCUGGAGGAGAAGGAGAAAGCAGAGAAGAAGAAACGAGGACCAAGACCUUCUAUUCAGAAACGCAAAUCAGAUGCAAACCCAGAUGGCCGCGGAAGGAAGAAAAAGUUGAAGCUGUGAGGCUGACCGUUUCUACUUCCCCUAGACGUUCCACAGUAGUUUGUCUUGUCUUCUCUUACGGGUUGUAAUGUACUGUAUAAACUAAACUAGCAGUUUCAACUCAUAAUUUGCAUCUGUGUACUGUACUAGGAGAGUAGGCUUUUAAUUCAGGUAAAACUUCUUCUUAGUGAUUUACAAAAUACUACAGCUGUGCUGAACCUUUUUUGUUUUGUUUUGUUUUUUUUUUUUUAAUCAU